AUGGCCUGCAUUACUUUUGUGAAUGCUGGCUACUGGUUCACCCAGACCAAUUCCCAGCUUCCAGCUUCCAGAAUUGAUGCUAAUCUUUACCCACAUCUCUUUUGUGCUCAUGCUGGUCUCAACUCCCAAACUUAUGAACUCUCCAUUUCUGAUUCAGCAAAACCUCUAAUUCAUCACUUCUCUCAAACUGUCAAGGAAAACAAUUCUGAGCUGAAAACUUUGCUGUCCAUUGGAGGAGAUGAAGCAAAAGCUGAGAGAUUUGGUGCCAUGGCUGCCAAUUCUUCCCAUCGUGCAGCCUUUAUUAGAACCUCCAUUUCCAAAGCAAGAGAGGGCAAUUUUGAUGGCCUUGAUCUUCAGUGGCUGUACCCUUCUUCUGUGGAGGACAUGGCCAAUUUUGAAGCUCUAAUUAUUGAGUGUCACAGAGCUGUUAUUAGAGAAUCCAGAAAAUCUGAGGAACCACGGUUGAUUUUUGUUGCUACAGUCUUCUACUCACCUCACUUGGAGAACCUUACAUAUCCAAUUCAAGUAAUGAUAAGAACUUUGGAUUGGGUUAAUGUGAUUGCUUAUGAUAUUUUCACCCCUACUUUGUCAAGCAAUGAAGUUGGACCAUCCUCAGCAUUCUUCAAUCCGAGGAGAAGAUCCUCGUCUGGAGACUUUGGAAUCAGAACAUGGAUUCAAUUAGGUUUGCCUAGUAAAAUGAUGGUAUUUGGAGUUCCCUUCCAUGGUUGGGCAUGGAAGCUUUACUUGUUCUAG